CCAUAUCAUUCGAUCAUGACCAACCUUACAUGCAUUAAUUUGUAAUUUAACUGUACUAAAUGUGCCCAUCCAAAUACGAAAUAAUACUAGCAUGGUGCAUUAGUAUAUCUGGAAUACAAUUUUCCUUCUGGCCGGGUUAAGUUUAAACCAUGUACUCUCUGUCCGUCUCUCCCUCGCGUAACGGUGGGCGGAAGCCCAACCGCAUUUCACAAGUAGCUUGAAGUGCCCUGCAUUUAGGUCGCAGGAAGCCGUUGUUGUGGUCAGAACCAUUGGUCUGGGUUCCACCUACACUAACCCAGUUGUAAUGUUUCGCAAACCACGUGUUGGGAGGACAAGAGCUUUCAAGCUAAUCCUGCGGCCAUGGCUGAACUAGAAAGACCCCCUCCAUCCUCGUUCGACCUCCUGCGAUUUGGCCCGUUACUCAUGCUUACGAAUAAAAUGGUGAAAAGGCGCUUCAUGUUUGUCGGAAAGUGGGAAAGAGCUUAAACCGAAGGCGGCACGCCACUGGUUUUCAAUGUUCAUCCCAGGUAUCAGGUUUAAACCCUGGGGCACCUACUCUUUUUUAGCACUCACUUCACUCUCCUCUCUGCGUCUCUCUCUCUCUCUCCAUUUCCUGUGUCUUCUCGGGAUGGGUUCCUUUCAGGCAUGGGUCUCCGAGCACAAGCUCGCCGGUGUUGGAACUCUAUGGGCUGCAGCCUUGGUGGCGUCCUUAGCUUACUCGCGUAAAAGAUCGCCGCACAAGACCAGUAUCCGGCUGAUCCAUGCUAGGAUGCAUGCGCAAGCCCUGACCCUUGCAGUGCUCUCAGGUGCAGCAUUGAAGCAUUACUACGAGACCAAGUUCGCCGUGGAUGACAACAAAAACUGAGUCCCCUGAUGCUCUCGCUAGAUGCAUGAUUCCAUGGAAUGGUGACUCAUGAAGCGUCUCUCAGUGAUAUCAUGUUGGUAGAGAUAGGUAGGGUGCAUGGUAGAUGCAUUUUGUUAGCUUUAGCUUGUGGGCAUGGCAUGUCGUGCAUAAUCAAAUGUGCAGCGGGGUUAUGAUGAUCAGAAUAUAAGCUGCAGUUUGCUAAAAUAAUGAUAUUUGUGAUCAUGCAUAUCUUUUGAAUU